AUGGUGGCGGAGAGGAAGAUGCAGCCUUUGCCGCCGCCCGAGCACCGGAGGGCCCUCCGGUUCGUGGCGUUCCUGGCCGUCUCCCUCCUAGCUUUCUCCUGCUGGGCUCUCGUAAACUCCAGGAUCAACGACGCCGUGCCCGAUUCCGCCGCCUUGAUGGGCGACGCCGACAGGAUGCCCGCGCUCGCCGGGGAGGAAGGCGCCCGCCGCCCAACGCCGGCGGCCUCGGCGGCCGUGCCGGCGAGCGGUGGCGCGGUGAGGUUGAUGAGCGAUCCGGUCAUCCGGGAGCCGCUGGUACGAGUAGGAGGAGGAGGGGAUGGGGAGCGGAGCGGGCGGUGCGACGCGGACACCGCGGCGCUCAGGGUGUUCGUGUACGACCUCCCGGCGGAGUUCCACUUCGGCAUGCUGGGGUGGGACGGCAAGGGGGAGGCGGCGUGGCCCGACGUCCGCGACGCCCGCGCCGCACCGCACUACCCCGGCGGGCUCAACCUGCAGCACAGCGUGGCGUACUGGCUCGCGCUGGACAUCCUCUCCUCCACUCUGCCGCCCGGCGGCGGCAGCGGCGCGGCGGGAGACAGCCGGCCCUGCGUCGCCGUGAGGGUGACGAACGCGAGCCUCGCCGACGUCUUCUUCGUGCCCUUCUUCGCGUCGCUGAGCUACAACCGCCACUCCAAGAUCCGCCGCGGGGAGAGGGUGAACAGGAACAGGGCCCUGCAGGCGGAGCUGGUCAAGUACCUGGCGCGGAGGGAGGAGUGGAGGAGGUGGGGCGGCAAGGACCACCUCAUCGUGCCGCACCACCCCAACAGCAUGAUGGAGGCCAGGAAGAGGCUCAGCGCGGCCAUGUUCGUGCUGUCGGACUUCGGGAGGUACUCGCCGGACGUCGCCAACCUCAAGAAGGACGUCAUCGCGCCGUACAACCACGUCGUCCGCUCCCUCGGCGACGACGAGUCACCGGCGUUCGACCAGCGCCCCGUCCUGGCAUACUUCCAAGGUGCCAUCCAUAGGAAAGCCGGCGGGAAGGUUCGCCAGAAGCUGUACCAGCUCCUCAAGGGCGAGCGCGACGUGCACUUCACCUACGGCAGCGUAAGGCAGAACGGCAUCCGACGCGCCACCGCGGGGAUGUCCACGUCCAAGUUCUGCCUCAACAUCGCCGGCGACACGCCGUCGUCGAACCGGCUCUUCGACGCCAUCGUGAGCCACUGCGUUCCCGUCAUCAUCAGCGACGACAUCGAGCUGCCCUUCGAGGACGUGCUGGACUACUCGGAGUUCUGCCUCUUCGUGCGCGCCGCCGACGCCGCCAGGAAGGGGUUCCUCCUCCGCCUGCUCCGCGGCGUGCCCCGCGACGAGUGGACUAGGAUGUGGAGGAGGCUCAAGGAGGUGGCGCGCCACUUCGAGUACCAGUACCCGUCGCGCCCGGGCGACGCCGUGCAGAUGAUCUGGGGCGCGGUGGCGCGGAAGAUGCACUCCGUGAAGCUGCAGCUUCACAAGCGCGGGAGGUUUCAGAGGACGGGUUGGGAAUCGUGAAGAUCUACUAGAAUGGGAAUGGAGGUUCAGAGUUGGAUUGCAGACUGAACCAAGCUAAGGCCAAUCUCAGUGGUAGUUUCGUGGGCACAGUUACCAACACAGCCACGUCAGCUUUUCAAUGGAACGAAACUGUCACUCUCAGUGUGCAGUUUCAUAGCACAGUUUUAUAGACAAGAUACAACAUUUACUUUUUAUAUUGUGUU